AUCAACAAGUCUCCAACCGACAUAAGUCCCAUCGAUCCCUCUACUACCGGAACGUGGAUAAGGGUUUCGGGGUAUGAUAUCUCCCAACGAGAUUGAUCCCGGUCUGAUCUGAGAUGAUCUCCGCAGUCUUCCAUCGGAUCCACGCGAGAAUUGAUAUGGGCCGAUCGAGAGCCCGGUGAAGAUCAAGUCCUGCCGUGAUGACUACCCAAAAACUCCUAAUCUGCACCGGCGCGACAUACCCCUUCGACGCCCUGUUCGAGAGCAUCCUGCGCUCGGCCGACGUUCUCAGCUACCUAACCGCCGAGCUCAAGAUCACGCAUGUCAGAGUGCAGUACGGGCCCAGUUCGAGCUCGAAGGUCAAAUUUGAGAAGGCUUUGGCGGAGGUGGAUGCGGGGAUCCAGGUUUCGGGGUUUGGAAUGACGGAGCGGAUGGCGGAUGAGAUUGCGGAUUGUGACGUUGUUGUCUCGCAUGCUGGUACAGGUACAAUUCUCGACACGUUACGCUCAAAGUCCCCUCCGAAACUACUAGUCGUCCCUAAUCCAGUGCUGAUGCACGGCCAUCAAGCUGAGAUCGCAAACGCUCUCGAAGACCUCGGAUGUCUUGUCUCCGCGUCUGAUGUUAGCUCCUCGGGGAUCUUGACAGCAUUGAAGAAGCUGGCGGAAAAGAAAUUGAGGGCGUUACCGGAGAGGACGAGUCUUGCGGAUCGGAUCGACUAUGAAGCUGGGACUUUGUACGCUUGAUGGCAUGUCGCAAUUUAUAAAUGUCUUCUCAUUCAAUCAUCGAGUUAUACUAGAAAUCAACCAUCAACAAAAAUAAAUUCAGAAUA